AUGGAUGGAGUUGCUGGAGGUGUGGGCAAUCCCAGUAGUGCAGGGGGGUCUGGGGGUGACAGCCUCCCCAGACGAGGAGACUCUAAGAGGCGCAGUAAAGGCAGCCUGCCCUCCCCAGGUUACAGGCUGUCCCAGGCCUCUCUGGAGGGAGAGAGGGGCUCCUUUGGGGCAGACAGCUCCUCCUUAGGUGGACGGGGUCGCCGCCUCUCCAUCAUGAGCUCCACCAGGGACGGAUUUCCCUUCCGCACAGCAGGCACCCCAACCACCCCGGUGCCCCUGCCACCUCCACCCAGCUCCUCCUCUGCCACAGCUCACCCUACCCCUCCUCGCUCAGUGGGUUUUGCCACAUCCCGUGCUGCCCUUGCUUCAACCUCCUCCACCGGGACUGGAGUGGUGGUGGUGGCGACCGGCCUGGAGACCACUACCACCACUGCAUGUAACACCACAGCUGCAGGGACCCCUGAGAUGUAUGGUCAGUCUGCACUGGGUGGGUUUGGCCUGGGGUUGGACGGGGAGGACUACAGCACCUCCAACCAAAGUACCUUCAUCCAGAGACAGUUUGGAGCCAUGCUGCAGCCGGGGGUCAACAAGUUCAGCCUGAGAAUGUUUGGAUCCCACAAAGCUGUGGCUCUGGAGCAGGAGAGACUGAAAUCAGCUGGGUCAUGGAUCAUACAUCCCUACAGUGACUUCAGAUUCUACUGGGACCUGUUGAUGUUAAUGUUGAUGAUGGGGAACUUGAUCAUCCUUCCAGUGGGCAUCACUUUCUUUAGGGACGAGAACACGGCCUCGUGGAUCAUCUUUAACGUGGUCUCUGACACACUCUUCAUGGUAGACCUGGUUCUAAACUUCAGGACUGGCAUCGUGAAGGAGGACAGCACUGAGAUAUUGCUGGAUCCAAGGGCGAUCCGCCAGAAGUACCUGAAGACCUGGUUCCUUGUUGACUUUGUGUCAUCCAUACCAGUGGACUACAUCUUCCUCAUGGUGGACAGUCUUGACUCUGAGGUCUACAGGACAGCCAGGGCACUACGUAUCGUCCGCUUUACCAAAAUCUUGAGCCUUCUUCGACUUCUUCGCCUGUCUAGACUCAUCCGCUACAUCCACCAGUGGGAGGAGAUCUUCCACAUGACCUAUGACCUCGCCAGUGCCAUGGUGAGGAUAGUUAACCUCAUUGGUAUGAUGCUGCUGUUGUGCCACUGGGAUGGCUGUCUCCAGUUCUUGGUCCCCAUGCUGCAGGACUUCCCACCUGACUGCUGGGUCUCCAAGAACCUCAUGGUGAACGACACAUGGGGCGUGCAGUACUCCUAUGCUCUGUUCAAAGCCAUGAGCCACAUGUUGUGCAUCGGCUACGGUGCCCAGGCUCCAGAAGGCAUGACUGACGUGUGGCUGACCAUGCUCAGUAUGAUUGUAGGUGCCACCUGCUACGCCAUGUUCAUUGGCCAUGCCACCGCUCUCAUCCAGUCACUGGACUCCUCUCGACGACAGUACCAGGAGAAGUACAAGCAGGUGGAGCAGUACAUGUCAUUCCAUAAACUUCCUGCAGAUGUUCGACAAAAGAUUCAUGAGUACUAUGAGCACCGAUUCCAGGGAAAAAUGUUUGAUGAGGAGAACAUCCUGGGAGAACUCAGUGAGCCGCUGAAAGAGGAGAUUGUCAGCUUUAACUGCCGCAGUUUGGUGGCCAACAUGCCGCUGUUUGCGAACGCCGAUCCUAACUUUGUGACUGCCGUGCUGACCAAGCUACGCUUCGAAGUGUUUCAACCUUCAGAUUUCAUUAUCCGUGAGGGCACUGUUGGAAGAAAGAUGUACUUCAUCCAACAUGGACGAGUCAGUGUCCUGACCCGUGGCAACAAAGAAACCAAGCUGAGUGAUGGCUCUUACUUUGGAGAGAUCUGUUUGCUGACCCGUGGGCGGAGGACAGCCAGUGUCCGUGCAGAUACAUACUGUCGCCUGUACUCUCUCAGUGUGGACAACUUUAAUGAGGUGUUGGAGGAACACCCCAUGAUGCGGCGUGCUUUCGAAACUGUUGCAGUUGACCGAUUGGACCGUAUCGGCAGGAAGAAUUCCAUGCUGCUGCGGAAGUCCUCCCAGGCUGGUUCUCUGGGGGGCAGUAUGGGUCGUGGUGGAGGUCGGGGUGGAGGAGGUCCAGGAGCAGGGGGGGGCCUUGCAGCAAGUGGUCUUGGUUCAUGUGACAGCAUGCUGGUGCAACAGAUAGUGAAACAUGACAGCAUGCCUGCUAUGCAGGACGCAAUUGCAGCUGCAGCUGCUGCAGGAAGAGGUGGAGUCAUUGGAGGAAGUGGCACUGUGUCUCCUAGGCCACGCCCGGUCAUCUGGGCACCACUAGUUCAUGCCCCCUUGCAGACAGCUGCCGCCACCAGUAAUGUAGCCAUUGCCCUUAUGCACCAGCAGCAGCAACAACAGCAGCAGCUACAGCAAUUGCAGCAGCAGCAUGCACUUGGAGGUGCCUUCUUCCUGCCCUCUCCUCUUAUCUCUCCCUCUCCCUCCUCCUCUUUCCCCCUGUCUCCUCCUCGUGCUCCUGUUUUGCAGCCACUCCGCCCUUCUGUGAGCUCUCUUAUCGGUAUGAUGGCAAUUGGUGGGAUGGGUGGGAUGGCUGGGAUGGGUGGCUUGUCACCAAGAGGAUUUCCUGUCUCUCCCUCAACCAUGGGGCCUCCUGGCGGGGUCACAUCACCCCCUAUCGCUAAAACUCCCACAGCAGCUUCCCCAGUCCCAACGUCUGUCCAACAAGGAAGGACUCUUCUUUACAGUCUUCGCCUCCAGACUGAUCAUCCUCCAGUGAUUGCUGGAUCACUUGGAAUCCCAACAGGUGGAGGGCCACCAGCUUCAGCCAUCCAUAAGGUACCUACCACAAACCCCCUUGCUGCUCCUGGUGUCCCCUCAGAUGGUAACUUUCCUAUGACAAGUCAGCAGGGAGCAAAAGAAGCUCUCUUACGUCAUGGAGGAAACAGCUCUCAGGGUCUGCCAGCACUGGGCAGACUUACCCAGGAAGCCAGGCUACUGUCGGCCUCACAGCCUACUCUGCCUCAUCGUUCCUGGGCUGGAGUGCAGCCUCACCCGCCCCUACAUCGGAAGGCCUCUGGUGGGAAUUUGCUGGCGGCUCCUUUUCUGGCGGGGCAGUUAGCAAGAGGGAGCAGUGCAGGAAUGCUGACAUCUAAUGUUCCAGCCCAGCUAGUGACAAAUAUGCCAUUCAAUGUACAAACACAAGCACAGGGUGCAGUGCCAGCCCCUCCCACUCUAGCACAGCCUAUCUCUUCAAACACUGCCACAUACACAGCAUCUGCCCUUCAAACUGCCUCUGUUCCUGUACCCACAGCAGUACACCUGCCUUCUGCUGUUUCUUUGCCAUCCUCCCCCCCUCCAAAGCAGACCCCAUUGUCCUCUGCCAACCCUUCUCCCGUGCCCACCCCUUCUUCUCCAACACACGUUCUCUCCCAGACACCUCGCCCUAAAGCAACCCCAAUGACCCCAUCUGGCUCCUCUUCUCCUCCUAUCUGCUCCACACCUCUUUCAGCAGCAACAAACACGCUGCUGCUGACAUCAACUCCACGUCCAAAACCCCUUCCUACACCCUCACCUCAUUCAUCCUCUCCCUCUCCCUCCUCCACGCCACCUCCAUCUUCUCUUUCUAGUCCUGUUCCACUACCUCAAACUUAUGGGUCCAAGUCAUCUCUUACCUCCUCUUCUCCACCUUCCUCCUUGAUAACCUCUUUUCCACCACAUCCCCAAAGCCCCCGAGCCAAAGCUUCCAACACACCUCCUUCUGCUUCUCCUUUGUCAAGCUCCAGCCCUGCCCAGACCCCAAUACCUUCUUCGAUACCAACUCCUAAUCCUCGCAGUCGCACUUCUACCCCUUCCCAAACUCCUACCCAAACCACCACACCUGUUACUCCCACAAAGACAACCACCCCUACACUUUCCCCCUCUCCCAUCUCUGUUACACCUAUCCCUUCCCUGAGUAAAUCCCAAACUCCAACGUCUUGUCUCCAGCCCUCUGUCUCUAGAGGCCCUACUUUGAGCCAGACCCCAAAACAGGCCUCAGCUCUUACCCCAACCCAAAGUGCACCUACCCCAAUACCAGCUAGCACCGUCCCUUCAACAAAAAUAGUUUUUUCAGUUCAUCCUGUAAAACAAACCCCUGCUGUUGUUACUGUAAGCCCUUCUUCAGGAUCAAGUCAUUCCACCCAAUCCACCACAGCAACAACCUCAUCCUCAACAACUUUAAGCCUAAACACAAGCUCAUCCAAUCCCACCCCUUCCACCAUCUCCACCUCUCCUGGUAUCAAAUCUGCCUCUGCCAACCCCCCAAAACAAAUACCAACCACAACAGCUGCCCCCAUUCACUCAUCAAAACUCAAAUUGCCUACACCUGCCCAGAUCUCUCAGGUGUCCUCCCCUUCACCCACCCAGUCAGCACAUGCAGCCGCCCCUGCCAUUAACACCUCUCCUAAAGGAGGGAAAAAAGACCCUCAGAAGCCACUUGACAGAAAAGACUCAGAGGGACUAAGACAAAAACUUCCUGCCAACAUGUAAGCAAGAUGAGAUCUCAUGGGACAUUUAUGAGCCUUGGAUAUACAGAGUUUCACCAGAGUUGGCCCCAGACAUUAAUCAAUCUCAUGUGUAGAGGUAAAUCUUGUUUGCAUUCGCUCGAGGAUGUGGUUGUUUUAGAACCAGGUGUUCAUGUGACUCUUCUCCAAGCCAUCAAUAAGAAUAAAGACUGUA